AUGCUUCCGAGACGAACUGUCAGGAUUGAUGUUUUAGAGGGUGUGGCGCACAAUGGGAACCACCUGGGCAGGGCCUUCAUGUUGUCUUUCCUCCCCAACCACGACCACGACAGCACCAACGUGAUCACCAUCGUCACGGAGCAACAGACCACCGUCUACGUGAAGAUUCCCACCCUGGACGUCACCAAUACCUACUCGAUGAAUCAAUGGGAGUAUCUCUACGUUCAGCUCCCCCAAGACACCACAUCCGGAGCCUGGGGUCCCCCUGAGACCACGGCCGUGUCCAUCUUCUCGGACCAGCUGAUCUGUGUCAAGGGAGUGACGACCCAGCUGAGGUCCACAGGCGGGUAUCUGGCCGUGCCGCUGGACAAGUGGAGUGACCACUACAUGGUGGCCACGUACGACCGGAGCACUGCGGGGGCUGGAGGCGAAAUCGUCAUUAUAUCAGCCCGGGACGGAACAACGGUCAAUAUCUGGCUGAACGUUGCCUCGACUGCCAGUUUUAGUGGCUAUAUGAGUGAUCUGCAGCAUACGAUACGCAAAUCCGCAACGAUCCACACUCAGUACGAGGGCCCACAAGGCAGCUCGUCGGGCGGGAACCAUCUGUUCCAGGAGUUCAUCUUACCGCCAGACUCUGUGAUGGAGCUCACGUCAAACCUGCCCGUGCUGGUGGUGGUGUACUCACAGGGGGCGCUGUUCAAUGACAAUGACACGAUGGGUAAUGUGAGCCUGGUCCUUUGUUUGAUGGUUCACCUUCAUCAUGGAGAAGAAAUGGGGGAGUGGGGCAGAGGUGACGGAGAUGAGAAACGGCUGUAA